AUUCCUAGCAAUGUGUAGAGUCUAGUCACGUGCGAUACGCCGUCUCCUUAGCAACGUUGAGUACAGUUUCCAUCGUUAUCAACCACUCUUUACCAUUGGACGUGAGCAUCUUUUGCAAAAUGAGUGUACAGUUUGCCCCUGUGAAGUUGACAGUGCCCCCUGGUUUUGACCGGCUGUUGACAAAAUUUUGCCGCGAGGUUCUUCGGAACCAACCGGAUGACAUAAUUGCUUUUGGAGCAAAAUACUUCGCAGAUCAGCUUAGCCUACGUGAAUCAGGAUCCCUGAGCCCUGAACUGGCAGAUGUGAAAGGUGAUGGGCAUGAGUUGGAUGACACGACAGAGUCCAAUGCUGCUGAUCUAGAUGCAGUUGAUGAUAAACCUGUAGAGGCAGAAGAUGAGAGUGGUAACCAAGAUUCUAUGGGGUCAGCUGCAGACGCAGAGGAAGAGGGUUGUGACGAGGAGGAGGACAUUGAACAGCAAGAAUGGGCAGCUGUGAAGAUCCAGGCUGGGUUUAAAGGUUAUAAGACUAGAGGUGAACUGAAGAAAACACAGCAGGCAAAGGAGAAUCUAGCUGCCUCAAAAAUACAAGCUGGAUUUAGAGGACACAAGGCUAGAGGUGAAGUGAAUGCAUUGAAGAAACAAGCAGCUGUUGAGGGAGACGUGGAAGGGGGUGAACAAUAACUCCAUCUGGUGUAGAAACUCCACUGCCGUUUUGAUUGUAUUUGCAGGCUACCUAUUUCUACCAAAGGCUCCAUAAUCUGAGCAUAGGGUCGGCAUGAUUCACUGUAGUGAUGGUAUUAUCCAUGCCAUCAUAACUUUAUGUACAAUAUUCAGGUUAUAAUGAGAUCUACACAAUGAUGAAGCUCCAAUAAUUGGAAUUUUAACAUGGGGUUACAUAUGCUGCUCAGUAAGGACUUCAGUGAGCAAAAUCAAUCUUUAGAUUCGCCUUAUUGAACUUUCAUGCAUCAAAGAUUUCACUGUAGGUCUAAAAAAUUAUGAGAGGUAUUGCCAAAUGCAGCAGGGGUGGUUUAUAGGUAAGGGAGAGUGUGGUCCAAGCAUCCUGAAAAACCUCUGUGUGAUUUUGGUCGUUUUGGAAUUUACUGCAUGUUAGGGAAAGAAUUUUAACUGCUGUAUAUUUAUGCUGUUUAAUAUUCCAAAGUUUUCAGUUUUGCAAGUGUGCAUUUUGGAGAAAAAACAUACAAUGAAACUGCCUGAACUUGAAUAAAGAAUUGAAUGCACAAACAGA